AUGGCUGCGAAGCAAGCUAUUGCGUUAGUUGCCGGCGUCGGGCCAGGCACAGGUGCCGCCAUUGCCAAAAAAUUCGCUUCGUUGUACAAUGUUGUUCUUCUUGCCCGUACUCCAAAUUCCUACGAAACUACGGUGCAGGAAAUCAACGAGUCCGGUGGCACUGCUAUCGGUUUUCCAGCCGAUGUCCGAGAUGAAGCUAGUAUCAAGAAAGUAUUCGAACAAGUAACUAAGCAGUUCCCGGAUAAACCUGUUGCGGCGGCGGUCUACAACGUCGGCGGGGUUUUCAUUCGAAAACCGUUUUUGGAACAGUCGGUUGAGGGGUUUAAGCUUGGAUAUGAGACUAGUGUCCUGGGUGCAUUUAUCUUUGCCCAAGCUGCUCUCCCGCACCUCAUUUCCGCGGCCAAAUCUACUCUUCCCCACCCUCCAUCCCUCUUCUUCACAGGCGCUACAGCCGCCGUAAAAGGUUCGCCAUAUCUUCAAUCCUUCUCACCCGGUAAAUACGCACUGCGUUCUUUAACCCAGUCACUCGCCAAGGAAUUUGGGCCGGAAGGUGUACAUGUGUCGCACUUUAUCAUCGAUGGCGUUAUAGAUACCCCCAAAACGAAAGAGUGGUUGAAGGAUGCACCUGAGGGGAGUAAGAUUGACCCUGCUGCUAUUGCAGAUACUUACUGGGCGGUGCACCAACAGCCUAAGACGACAUGGACUUGGGAGUUGGAUAUCAGGCCUUAUGUUGAGAAGUGGUAG